GUUCUUCUCCCGGUGUAUGUGAGCAAGUGUGAGCAAGAUUGAGGUCGAUACACACAUCUCGAGCAACGAGGUAUGGUGAUUGGACAGAAGCUUCCCGAGGUGCAUGCCAAGAUGUGACUUUCUACCAGGCUUCUGGAGUCACUGAUAGUGUUCAGAAGGGCCGACGACAUGGUCAAGCUUCGAUAGCUUUGUUCUCGAAGAUGGGACCUGCAGCGAUUUGCGUGACUAGGUAGCUGGGGGGAGAGUCGAGACUGAGGGAACAUGAGUCCCAAUUUCCAGGGUUCCCGAGAGGUCGCAGGGAAACCGUACGCCACGCCGGUUCGGCUAAACCUGCCGCCUCGGCAGCUUUGAGCCUCAUCACCAUUGAAGGUGGACGGACAGUACCAGGCCAGCUCCAGCGCCUCGACACACAAUGAAGCUCAACGAAGACGACCUAUACCGAACCUCGACGCAGUUCCGCCAGUGGUCCUUCACCACGGAGCAGCUGGCUGCUCAACGCGCGAAGACGAACCUCCAAGCCACUGAGCGCGUCAAGCUUAAUGUUGCGCGACAACGCGCCCAGCGCGCCCACGCUGCAGACAUCGACAGCACAAGUGGCAAUUCGGGCAUCGAUGGCAGCGGGGCGAAUACACCGAACGCGGUUACAUCGGACAAGGACGUGGAUUGUUUCACAGUGGACGAAGAGUUGACCUUCUUGGAAGAGUUCUGCGAGCGAACAAUGGCUCUCGGGCAUCAUUGCAAGUUCAGCGACAACGCUGUGGCAACAGCUGUACAAUUUUUGCGUCGGUUCUACUUGUACAACUCGCCUAUGACCUACCACGCUCAAAACAUUAGCCGGACAGCUAUGUUUCUUGCUGGUAAAUCUGAAAGCGAGCACCAGAGUCUGGAGAACUUCGCAACAGACAUCUCUUCAGAAAGGACAAAAGUGACGCCAGAGCAGAUAUUGGCUCCGGAGUAUCUUAUUGUACAGGCACUGCGUUUCAACUUCGAUGUUAAGCAUCCAUUCAGGGCUCUCAAAGGCGGCAUGCUUGACCUCAUGAGCAUGGCAAAUGGCAAGUACGAAGGACCGAACCACAGCCCGCAUAAGACUGUCGCAGAUCUGAGCGCUGCAAUCCAUCGAGUACCACGCCAGACUGGGGGCUAUGCAGUAAAGGCAACUUGGGAUCAGCUCACAAAACGUAUCAUGCGCGACUCGUACCCUCAGGCGUCUGAGAUUCUGAAGAAGACCGCCGCCUUGACAGACGUAUACUUUCUCUACACCCCAUCUCAGAUCUGGCUUGCGGCAUACCUCCUAGCCGACGAACCGCUUGUGCUCUUCUACCUCUCCGUCAAAAUGCCUUCCACUUCGCCGAUAUACGCCAAAGUCAUCAGCGCACUACGAGCCUGUGCCCAGGUCAUGUCUUCGCACCGCUCGUACCGAAAGCUUCAAGUUUCCGCCGACGAGCAAGCAACGAUGGACUCACAGCAUAAGGCUCAGGUGAAAAAACUCAUCAAGAAGCUCAAACUUUGUCAAGACCCAGACAAGGUCGAUCUUGUCAAGCUCAAUCAGGCGCAGAAGCGUGACGCGGUGCAAGGGUCAGAACUGGAUGAGCACAAGGCAAAGCGCCGGAAGACGGAUCGAGAGAAUUUUCAAAAAGACGCCGAUGCUUUCUGGGGCCCCGAGUUGUUUACAAAUGGAGCGGCUGCAUAGACACUAUUACGAUCUCGAUGACGGAAAAGCAUAGCAUGGCGUUCAGGGUUUCGUAGGAUACACCAAGGUUCACUAUCUCCAAAGACAAUUCACUCGUUGGUAGUCACUGGAGUUCUCCAUACGUGGUGAGAAGAAGACCUGGAGCUAACAAAGGAGCUUUCUGAACUGGUUGUGACUCACAAAAUCUGCAGAACGGAAGAACCACGUUGGAGCCUCUCAUGCAAGCAUACAUAGUGAGUGUUUUGAGUAAUGUGAAAACAACCAGUGCUUGAGCCCCUGCGACUGUAUGUACACACGCCCAGCAGUGUUCGAUCUUUUCGAACGACCAACUCGAGAUCUGUUUUCUUAACAAUUUAGUCAUACCUGUCGGUUACAUUAGAUGACUGUAUGCCAUGUUUGAUGGUCGUAGACGUUCAUUGUUGCGACGGCUUCAGGAG